AUGGCUGGAGGAAGUACUACGGAUGAAGGUGAUCCAGGAAAUGAUGUAGGAGAUAUUAUCGCCACCUUGCAGCUCUUAGUCAGUAAAACUAACGAGUUAAAUCAAAAAGUCGAUCUCCUCUUAAACGAAAACCAGAAUUUGAAUCAUGAAAUUGCCAGCCUGAAGGAAUGUAAGCCGUCAACAGCCCCAACAAGUGUGAACUCCAAGUUGUCAUAUGCUGCAGCAAUAGGCACCAAAAAUGACAGCAAAGUUUUGGUUGUAAAGCAAAGACGUAAAGCAACUAAAAGUGGCGACGUUAUCAUUAAGUGUGGCAAUGAGAAGGAGCUAACUUCGAUUCAGUCGCAGAUCCAGAACAACAUGGUUGACAACUACAGUGUUGAGGUACCAAAACUUUUAGAGCACAGGAUUAAGGUGGUAGGCAUUAAUGAGUCUGAGUACAACCUAUCAGAUAAUGAAAUUUUGGCCAAAAUAAAGAGUCAAAAUAAAAUUCCAGAAUCUCGAAACCGAAAAAUUCAAAUUGUGAGGAAAACUAAAAUCGUAAGCAAAAAGUUCAAUAUGAUCUUGGAAGUUGAUGCUACCACGUAUGGAGUGUUUAUUGAAAAAGAGAAGAUGAACAUUGGUUGGAACCGUUGUCCUGUCUUCAACGAAUAUGGUAUCCGAAGGUGUUUCAAGUGCUGUCGGUAUGGUCAUUUACUGAAAGAGUAUAAAGAAAAUAAAGUGUGUGCGAAGUGUGGUGGACCCCAUGAUGUUAAAGAAUGUAAUGAAAUAGAGGUGAUUUUUAUUACUACUGAAGAUGGAGAAAACUCAACGAAUGAUUAUGAGGAAGCUGAAUCUUCUAAUAAACAAAGUCAAGUUCAUUCAGAAACUCAAGAAAAUGCCCCAUUUUUUAUUGAAGAGAAGGAGCGUUUGCAGAAGGAAACCUUCAAGGAACCAUUUAAAGGCAAACAUUCAAAGAAGAGGCCCUUGGAUAUAGUAGAACAACGUAUGGAUGAGGCAUACAAAAUUAUAAAAAAUGUCAGUAAUGCUAAGAAGUCAAAACCAAAUCAGUGUCUGCUGUUUGGACAACUAGUAGCUGAGAAGUUGGAAGGCUUCGAUGAAUUUACACGCCUCACUAUCAUGCGUGAUAUUGACAAUAUUUUAUUUCGGGCCAAGAUUAACCAGUUACGUCAACAGUCACAUUACAUGAUAUCCCCUCCACAAUCAUCCCCUCUAAGUUAUACUUCACAAUCAACUUCACCAACCACUUAA